UCCAGCCACAAGUAGGUCUCCCUUUAAAACUUCUGAUCCAAAAUAUAGAAAAAAUCUCUUAUCAGUGGAGGAGUAGGUGUCCCAUUAUUAAUUCCCAUAUUCAAUCAUCACAACUCAUCACAUCUCACAAACACUGAGAGAACCUCACUCUCAACUCACUCACUUUCUUCUUCUACUUCUUCUCAUCCUGUGUCUCAGUAGCCCAAAAAAAAAAAAAAAUAGUUUGGCCAUGGAAGAGAUUAUAUCCUCAUCUUCUUCACCCCAAUUUUGUCAAGAAACCGCAGCCACAUGUCAACAGCGUCUCCAGUUCAUAGUUCAGAACAGGCCCGAAUGGUGGGUGUAUGCGAUUUUCUGGCAAGCCUCGAAAGACAGCAAUGACCAAAUCUCUUUGUCAUGGGCUGGUGGCCAUUUCAAAAGCUCCAAGGACUUGGCAUCCAAGAGAAGCAACAAAGUGAUGAACAACUACCAACCCAAAUUUGGGUUCAACAAUGUGCAGAGGAAGAAGGUGAUUAACAGAGGAUGUGCUGAAUCUCUUUUCCAUGAAGACUUGGAGGACUUGGACAUGAGGCUGGUGGAUCAUGGAGUUGGAGAUGUUACUGAUUCUGAGUGGUUUUACUUUUACAGCGUUUCUUUAACCCAGUCAUUUGCUGCAGGCCAUGCCACUAACAACAUUUUGGGUCGAGCAUUUUGUUCUGGUGGUUUUGUUUGGCUUGCAGGUGCUCAUGAGCUUCAAUUUUAUGAGUGCGAGAGAGUGAAAGAAGCUAGAAUGCAUGGAAUUCAAACUUUGGUUUGUAUUGCAACUCCAUGUGGGGUGCUUGAACUGGCUUCUCUGGAUGUGAUCAAAGAAGAUUGGGGUCUUGUGCACCUGUCCAAAUCACUCUUCGGAUCAGACAACAACAGGAUCUCCAAGCAAGGCAGCCGCGACGGCAAUGCUCCUGUUCCUUUCCCGGAAAGUGGGAUGUUUUCAGGACCUCAAAAAGACUUCCCCAGACAAGAGGGUGAUACAAAAGAAGCUGCACCUAUCAAUAUUGGUGGCUCCUCAUCAGACUCACCUUCUGAUUCUGUUGGCAAUUUCACUUCUGAAAACACAGAGAGGACUCGAUUGAAAAAGAGAGGAAGAUCAACAAACCAUGGACCAGGUAGAGAAUCACAAUUGUUAAACCAUGUUGAGGCUGAGAGACAGAGGCGAGAGAAGCUUAACCAUCGCUUCUACGUCCUCCGCUCUGUUGUUCCGAAUGUGUCGAAGAUGGACAGAUCUUCUUUGCUUGCAGAUGCUGUGGCAUACAUCAAUCAACUCAAAUCAAAGGUUGAAGAAUUGGAGGCCAAAAUCCAAUCACAAACCCAAAAUCCCAAAAUGGGCAAUGUGAGCAAUCUUGAUCAUCACAGCAGCCAAAGCACCAGCUCCAUAGUUGAUUUUCAUCAUUCAAGUAAUAAUAAUAAUAAUAAUAAUAAUAAUAAUAAUAAUAGAGCUGGUGUUGUGGAAGUGGAUGUAAAGAUUUUGGGAUCGGAAGCGAUGAUUCGUGUUCAGUGUCCAGAUCAAGACUACCCAUAUGCUAAGUUGAUGAAUGCACUCAAAUCCCUGGGGUUACAAAUUUAUCAUGCAAGUAUUUCAAGUGUAAAAGAGAUGAUGAUUCAAGAUAUUGUGGCAAGAGUGCCUUAUGGGUUCUCUAGUGAGGAGGCCAUGAGAAUGGGUAUUAUAAAAAGGUGGUACAACUAGAAAUUAUAAGUCAACCAGUAACUAGUUUUUCUGUAAGCUAACGAGGACAAUAUGAUUAUCCUCAUUCUCCUUCUGUAGAGCUGUUUUCAAAUUAAUAAUUUCUUAGCCUACCCACCACCUGCUCUGUAUGUAUUUGAAUCAAUUCCGAAAAAUGCUUUGGUGCUUGGCAAAAAAAGGAAAAAGAGAAAAUGCGAUAUGGUGAUCUAUUUUUAGUAACGCACUUUUACAUCGUGUACAUGAAAUAAAUGCA